AUGAAAUAUCUCGCUUCUUACCUUCUCCUCCAACUCGGUGGUAACACCUCCCCUUCCGCUUCCGACAUCAAGGCUCACCUCGAGACCGUUGGUAUCGAAGCCGAGCAAGAGAGACUCGAUAAAUUGAUUUCCGAACUCGAGGGUAAAGACAUCAACGAGCUCAUCGCUGAAGGUUCUUCCAAACUCGCUUCCGUUCCUUCCGGUGGUGCCGCUCCUUCUGCCUCUUCCGGUGGAGCUGCUGCUUCCGGUGGUGCCGCCGAGGCUGCCCCUGCUGAGGAGAAGAAAGAGGAGGCUAAGGAGGAGUCCGAUGACGACAUGGGUUUCGGUCUUUUCGACUAA